CUUCUACAAUAUGUUGCUGUUGCAAUUCUUCACUAUGAUGAAAAUAUAUGUCCACUAAGAGUAUAUCAACCAGGCAAUGUUAAAUUUGGGUUUAAAAAUUUAAAAAAUAUUGUAGUUGUUUUAACAGUUUGCUCAGAAGAUGUAGAAGUAAAACUUAAAUUUGUUGAUAAACUUGCAACUGAAUUUGAAGACAAAGUU